AUGGCUGGAUUCAUGCAAACUGAAAAAUAAACCUCUGCUUUGGCUAAAAGAAAGCCAAAGAGGUGUGAGUGUUACCGCUAAAUGCAGGAAUAGGUUGAAAUCUGAAGAGUUUGUCCAGUGUUUGUUUAGGUAAAUGUUUCUGGAUGAUUUUGGAAAUGUUUGAGGAAAAGAAGGCACUCAGAUCUCCACAGCAGAGCAACACCUCAAAUAUUAACAGAAACAAAAUCCAGAACUUCAAACCAGGAAAAACCAACACUGCCUCAACCAACGGCAACGUCAUCCAUCCUCCACAGAGCUUUUCUUUGCUUUUGGAGAGUUGUGCCCCGUGUCCUGCUCCAGGGCCCCUAACAAGCCCACUUCUCAGCGGGCUUCCUGGGAGCUCGCCACUGACAGGAAGGCAAGCUGCUUCUUUGCAGUUGGCCCAACUGAAGGCUCAGCUAGCAUUAACGCAGAUGAACAAUGUUCUCGGUGUUGGUGGCCGUGCUGCAACCUUAACAGCAAACUCCAACACACCUGCUCCGUGCUUACCCACAAAACCACCUUCGCCGACUGCUGUGGCCAUCAAUCUCCUGAACCUUCUGAAGAUUGCUAACACCAUGUAUAAUCCCUUUGCCCCUGGUAAACAGAUUUCCCCCCAGGGGCCAUAUGGAGUCUCCAGUGGACAGAUGGAGAGGGACCCCCGGAGGCAAUUGCCUCACCUUGGCUCUGGAUCCAGCUUCAGCUCUUCUGGAAAUUCUUCUGUCAAUCGUGGGCCCACUGGUGGACCUUUACCGUCCCUUCUGUCUUUACAAGUAAACUACAGACCUGAGAGAAAUAAGAUAACAGUAGAUGAGGACAUAGACAGAUGUUUGGACUUGAAUAUCAGCAGAGCCAGGGAGGAGGUGAUGCAAAAUCCUUCACGUCAAAGCUCCCAAUUUACCAAGGCUCAAAGAGACACGUUUCCUUCCUCUAACACAGGGAUGCCCUCGUAUUUGAAGUCUCCUGCUACUGAAGUAAAAAGACCCUUCACUGUCGACAGUGGUAGUAGCAGUCUGGACUGGUUGCCUAUCUGCCAAAGGGCUUCAGAAGAUGAGUCGUCAGAAAUGUACUCAUCUGCUUCCUCCAGCUUUCUAGGCAGUGGUGACGGUAGGUUCAGUACCUCCAGUGAAGGAAAACAUGACAUGCCAUCUAUUCCAGGGUUGGGUGAUUACGACAUAAAAAUGCCCGCUAAGUCUGCGCCUCCUAGGGAAGCCAUUCGCCCCAAGUACACUUCAGAAUCAGCUUCUAACAUCCUCCUGCACUUUGGUCUUGAAAAGGAAGACUUGGAACACCUAAUCUCAUACCCUGAAGACCAGAUCACACCUGAGAACCUGCCUUACAUCUUAAGCCAAAUCCAACUGGAGAAGGGAAAGAGAGCUUCAACUGCAGCUCAGUCAAAACCCUACAGCGAAGCUCAACCUAUCAAGUUGAUUACCUCCAGGGGGCCAAUGUUGAAUCCAGGUCAACUAUCAUCCACAGUUCUUAAACCAAGUAAAGUGAUUGAUUAUGGACACACUGGCAAAUAUACCACAGGGGUUGGAGAUGAAGUUGGAAGAGCUUUUGGCAGCUCAGCUACGACUGGUUUGAGUGGAGGUUUGUUGCAUACAGACACUUUCAAAACUGGCGGCCGUGUCAGAGAGCCACCUCAAAGAGGCCCGACGGAGCUGAAGACCGGAUCGUAUGUUUCUUCACAUGGCCAGAUGAGUUCUGUCUCCAGUGUUGAUUCAUUGAGGAGCUCUGUGGCUCCUUCAAGCAGCGAUCCAUCUAAAAAAUUUGAAGUCCGAACAAACCAGACUUCAAAGUCAGUCUUCCCAUCAUUCGGAUUGCUGAACAAGAACACAGAUUUAAGACAAGUCCAGUCCAAAGUCCCCCAAACUCCUCAGAAUCAACCAGAGCCAGCCCGCCAGGCGUCCUUCAACGUCCAUCCAUUCAAACCAUCCUGUAAUUUAAUUCGUGGAGCUCAUCCUGGGCGUCCUGGCCUCGUUCUUAUUCAUAGAAACGACACUCGCAGCAGCAAUCAGAGCAACACUCAAGGACAAGUAUCAAAAGUUCCUGAACAGACGAAUAAGCUGCCAGCACAGCAGCCGAAGCAGCAGCAAACUCAACAGCAUCAAGCACCGCCACCACAGAAGCAGCAGCUCCAGAUGCAUCAGCAGCCGAUUCAGCCAUUGAAACAAGUACAACAACCUCCACCACCCAAAGGUCUUCCUGCUGCUAUGCCAGCUCCGUCAGCUCUCAUCCCAGUUCGUCCUGCUCCACCGAUACCAGCCCCAGGCCGGAUGGAUACCGUGCCACGUGUGCCACCUCCAGUUUUCAAGGACCUGACAUCAGUAGCAAAGAUGGGUCCAUCCAAACUUCUGCCAACACCUGCCAUGAUGCAAGACUACGCUGCGGCAACACCAAGAAUAUUUCCUCAUACCUGUUGUCUUUGUAUGAAAGAAUGUACCGAUAUGAAGGACUGGCUCUCCCACCAGAAUACUAGCCUUCAUCUUGAGAGCUGCAGACGGCUAAGGGGACGAUACCCUGAUUGGGAUGGAAACACACUAGAUUUGUUGAGUGCUGCGGGUAAAGGUACCCAACCCUCGCUCACAACUGUUGGCCAGAAUCUGCAGAACCGUCACCAGAAGUCCAUACGUGAAACCCGUUCUCAUUCGCUCAGCCCUCACCACCAACGUGGGCCAGAGGAUAGAAAGGAAAAACAAUCAAGCCGCUCUCGAUCACGUAGUCCACAACGCCAUCAUGCCUCCGAAGGUCAAAGAGAGAGACGAAAUAGCCGAUCGCCGCUCACCUACAGGCACUCUCGCAGGUCUCGCUCUCGUUCCUACGAUCGCCCCACCUCGUCUCGGCACCGCUCGCGUUCAAGGAGUUACGAGAGACGAUCCCCUCCCAGGAAGAGAGAAGCCAAAAGGUCCUCACCAAGGAGAAGUUAUGAGCAUCGAUCAUCUCCAAGAAGAAGUGACGAGAAACGCUCACCGAGGAGAAGCCAUGAAAGGCGGUCUCCCGCAGAGAGAUCAGUACCUCAGUGUAAGAGGUCCAGAAGUGCCGACAGACUGGCUAAGAGACUACUGGAAACAACAGCUGUUCAGUCUCUGUCCAAACAGUCUGACCUGGAGGCCAUGGUUAAAACUCUGGCUCCUGCAUUACUGGCUGAGCUGGCUAAGAUGAAGUCAUCCUCCUCUUCAAACACAGAAAAGAAGACAUCUUCUACUAAACCAACUAAAGCCAAGACCAGCUGUCCAAAGAGCGGGACAAGUCCUUCACCAAAUCCUGUGUCUGCUGAAUCCUUACCUCCUGACAAAGUGCGGCUCUCUAGCGUUUAUACUUCUCUUUCCCGCGUUGAUGUGUUUGAUGCCAUGGAGAAAUUCGGGCGAGUCAGAGACGUGGCUUUAUUCAGAUCCACACUAAACGCAGUCGUGCAUUUUGAGAAAGAGGAAGACGCAGAGAAACUGAAGAGCGUACGAAGCUUCCAAGUGAAGGGAUUGACUGUCUAUGUUGACAAGAAAAUGAGCACUGCUGCCAAGAAGCCUCAAUCGCCAAAGGAGCAGAAAUCCGCUUCACAGCAAAAUUCUGCAAAACCCCAGACUACAAAAUCCACCCCCGCUGGAAAACUUGGAGCUAAAAACAUCUCAAAAGCCAAAAAUGUCUCCACACAACACGUAGCUGCAGAAAAAUCCAGCACAGGUGGAAAAAGUGCAGUGAAAUCGGUUGAAGUUAACGAGGAGGGUUCAGUGGUCCAAAAAUCCCCAAGUCCGGUAAAAAUGCCUGAUGCUGGUGAUUCCAAGGGCAAAAUAACAAACACAAAACCUGCAGAUGCACCUAGCAGGGCAGCUAAGGUAAAGGACCUGGCUCCUGAAGCAGAAACAUCCUCAAACACGGACAAAGCUGAAACCCAACCAGACAAACCUACGACUUCAGAAAACCAGCCUGUUGCUGCUGAAGCAGAAGGUGAAGAGUCCAGCCUGGUGCCAGAGAACACGACCAAAACUGUCUACACAGAAGAAACCUCUGAAAAGAAGCAAGUAGAGGAAUUUGUCAAAGCAGAUACGGUAAGAAUCAAAGUUGAAGAUGUUGAACCUGGAAAGCCUGGACCAACAGAGCCCAUGGAAGUUGUGAGUUCUGCUGAGUCCAAAGACCAAGUUGUAGAAGCUUCAAAACCAACCGUGAGUCAUCCAGCAGCUGGAGGUAAAACCCCACCUAAAACUUUUACUGAUCCACCUCAGACGCCACAAACCUCUGUGAAAGACUCAUCUCAGGUCCAACCUAUCCAAGAAUCGGAGUCCCCUGGAGACAAGUUGAAGACAAAAACUGAGCAUCAGGAGUCUCCAAGGAGGACAGAGACAAAGCUGGAAGCCAUUUUAGCUGUGAAGCCUGAGGGACCCACACCUGCUGAAACAAAGCCCACAGCUGGAGCAGGAGCAGCCGCUGAUGUUUCCUCCACAACCGUCUGGGCGAAGAUGGAAAAGCAGGAGCAAGAAGAAGAAAUAAAGAGCGCUCAGAUGGAAACUGUCACGACCCCAAUGCUUCCUACAGAACGUUCAGAAUCUACACCCCAAACCCCGUCUCCAGCAGUCUCGGCAGAACCCAUCUCGUCAGAUUCUGUCAAAGCAGGAUCAACCGUUUCCGAUAAGACGGCCGAAAAAAACGAUACGGAGAUUGUUGCGUUCUCGGAUGAUUCUCGUAAGUCCAGUGAGAAUGCGGAAAAAAAGCGGUCACCAAGAGCUCCAGUCAGUACUGCAGAAAAACAACCCACGCCUGCUCCGUCCACCUCCACCACCAAAUGUGAGGGAAAUGCUGCUGAACUUCCUCACAUCGAUGAAGACAUUUUCAAGGCAAUCACAACAGCGCUUCGUGAGCACAGACGUAGAAAAGGAGGAAAGAAAAUACCUGAAGAGGAAGAGAGUGCCACCAUAAGUAAACCAACCUCUGCAGGUGUGAAGAAAGAAAGCACACCACUCGCAAAGGAUGACAGCAAAGAUGAGGAUAAUUAUUUAGGUCGUUUUGAUGAGCUUGACUUCAACUUUGGAGAUUUUGUGACUGUUGAUGAGAUUAGUGAAGAAAUGGAUGACACGGCUGUAGAAGAUACCUCCUCUUCAUUAGAGCCAAAUACCAGAGAUAAAACGGAAAGGCAGGGCGCCGAUGUGUCCUCUGCUGCCAGAAAUACCUCAACAAGGUCUUCAAAAGACUGCAAGAGCUUAGCCUCAUCCAAAUCUGCAAAAGGCAGUGCAUCUUUAAGUUCCACGUCUGUGUCGGCAAAUAAGCAGAAACACUCCUCUGAACCCAACAAUUUUGAAACCAAAACCACAUCUGCCAGUGGCCAUACGUCUACUUCCACCUCUUCUAAGUCUGUAGAAGCUCGAGCUUCCUCUGAUCAGAAAGAUCAGUCAAACAAGAGAAAGCCUCCUAUAACAUCAUCAGAACCCUCAUCCUCAGUUCGAAGUACCCGUUCAUCAGCAGCAGCCAUCAAGUCAUCUGUAGCAACUCAGCAGGCUCAUAAAAAGGAUGUAAAACCUACAGAGUUGGCACCUGCAAUGUCUGACCACAAGGGCUCAGCAGAGAGCUGUGCUGCAAAUACUGUUGAGUCAGAGUUGAAAAUAAAAACACCAGAGAAGAACCAGCCUGCAGAGGGACAGACCUUACAGAUCCAGAAUCUGAAGACGGAUUUAAAAGAACAAUCCAUCAAAGACAUGAAGAAAAGCAAAGCAAAGGAAAUGAAAAACGACACUGAUGCCAAAACCACAGAGAAGGAGAGGGGUAACAAAGAGAAUAUACAAAUCCUUGAUUCCCUCAAUGAAAAAACUGAUGAACAGGAGCAUAAGGAACAUAAGGAGGAAGACCAAGGCAGAAGAACUGAAACCCAAAUACCUGAACCUGCUCAGGACCAGAUCAUUCAUCAAAGAGGGCUUCAGGUUGUAGCAAGUCCUGAAAAUGACGCGGCCUGUUCAGAUGAAUGCCAUGAAAUGGAAAUGGAUGAGUCUACAAAGCUGCAGGACAGUGCACUUGAAGACCAGGCUGCUACAGCUGAUGAUGGAGAUGAAGGUCCCACAAGGAUGCAGGUUUCUGAAAAGGAUGAGACUAAAGGGACCCACAGUUCUGAAGGAUCGUCAGUCAGAGGUACACCUGAUAAAAAUCAAGUUACAAGUCAAGAUACCGACCAGAUUCAAAGUAGCAGUGGUGUUGCAGCAGAUGUAAAACAAAAGGAAGAGAUCCUCUUAUCAGAGAAAAUCUGUGAAACCUCCAAAGAGGUUGGUCAGAUUUCUAGUGAAGUAGACCAGCUUCUUGAAAACAAUGACGGCGAAGACACUUUAAAAGUCCAGAAACAUGUAGGUCCUACUGACCUGCUGCCUAAAGCAGACGAUGAACCCACAGAGGAAGAGGUUUACCAAGUUAUAGAUUCACUGGAAGAUCAGCCAACAACAACUGAGGCAGAACCCGAAACUGAGAAGAAAGACCGAAAGAAAGGAGAUGCAACAACCUCUGGAGAUGAUAGACCAACCACACAUUGUCGCCUAAGGAGCAGAACAUCUAAAGGUCAAGAUAAAGAAAAAUCAUCAAAGAAGCAAGAGAGGACCAUCGAAAAACACGAGGAAACAAAGGAGAUGAAGAAAGAAGAUGAGGAAAAGAGCCACGAGGAUUUCGAGGAGAUGAUCUAUGAAGUGGUGGACUCCAUUGAGGAUGAUUCUGUUCAAGAGACCUCAACCACAAGAACUUCUGGUAGGAAACGGAGCGCCAGAGGGAACAAAAAAGAUGAGAAGACAUCAGCUCCUGUAAAAGAACCUAAAAAAUCUGACAAAGAAGAAGAAAUGUUCACAGUUUUAGACUCUGUGGAAGAGGAGAGUCCCAGUGACAAACCAGUGGUGACCAGAUCUACUAGAGGAAGAAAAGACAAGAAGGUUGAAGAAACUAGCAAAACAAGGGAAGACAAGACCUCCACAAGAAGAAGGUGCACACCAGCCAGAGAUUCCCAGGAAAAGGACAGAGAUAAAACUCUAAAACCAGAUGUUAGUGUUCCUCUUAAGGAAAGUACACCAACAAAGAAGAGUGACUCAAGGCACAUGGGUGAAGAGGAGACUACUUAUGAAGUAUUGGAUGCUGUUGAGGAAGAGAUUGUACAGCCAACAACUCAAACCCCAAGGAGAGGAAGACCAAGGAAAGACAGUAAAAAACAAACAGCAGAUGUGAAGAAGGUUGACUCAACCAGUGAGGUUGUUGAAGACGAAGCAACAUAUCAGAUUCUUGACUCGGUGGAGGAAGAGGUGGAUGAUAAUCUAGCUCCAAUAGACCUUUCUGAAAGUGCAGGAAAGUUGACAAUUUCUGCAGACGAUGACAUAACUAAGGAAAUAGUAAGGUCACCGUUAAAUGAGGAGGAAGAAUCGCCGAUUUAUCAGAUUGUAGAUUCACUGGAAGAAGAUCAGUUUCAAGAAGAGAUGAUGACAGAAACAUCCAUGCAGAAGGAGACUGAGACAAUGGGUGAUACGGUAGCAAAUACUGACCAAAUACUAUCCGGUCCCUCAACUGCAGAACCAUCAGAACAAACUGCUGGGGAGGCGGAGACUUUGUUUCGUUUAGCUGAUAAACCAUUGGAGCUUAAAGAGGAUCCAUCUGCUCUAGGAUCUGACACUGAAAAGAAGGGGUGUACAUCCAAAAAAGAUGUUAGGAGAGAAGACAAGUCUUCUUUAAAUGAGCCAGAUAGUUUCCUUGGUGCAUCAGAGAAGAUCCUAAAGUCACGGAAGAGAAAUGACACUAAAGAAAACAAAAAUGUUCUUGUGAACCUUGAUCAAGUGAGCGAAGAGGAGGAAGAUUAUCCCGAUGAUGCCGCUGAAGAAAAAGAACUGAAGAAAAGGCAAGCUGCUGCUAAGAAAAAAGAAAACGACAGAGCGGAGAAAAAGUCCAGGGAAAGAGAAUCUAGGGAGCGAAGGAGUCAAAGCAGCAACAGCAGAGGAGGGAGUGGGAAAUCAACAAGCCAAAUAGAGAAAAAGUUUCAGGAAGAUUUGGAAAAGGUGGAAGUAGACACCCAGGAUCUGGUGACUCUUGAUGAGGUGGGAGAAGAUGAAGCUGGAGAGGAAGCUGUGACAGAGGCUCCAGCAUGGGAUGGGGAGUUCACAGAAGAACUACUGCAAGAGCUUGUUACGCUGGAUGAGAUUGAUGAGGAAGACGAAGCAAAGGAAGAGCAAGAGGAAGGAAAGACUGAAGCCCCGCCUCAAAGUCAGGAGACCCAGUCAGUGGACUCUCUAAAGCCAGAGCCCUUGUCAGCUUCGACGGAAACUGCCCUGAUUGAGGAGAAGAAAAAUAAUGACGAGGAAACAAAGGAACCUUCAACCUCUUCUAAACGUAAACACUAUGAGACCAGAGAGGAAAGUGGGAACUUUGUCACCGUUGACGAGGUGGGAGAAAUUGAAGAGGAGCAAAAGGAAGUGGCAACAACAAGAGGUCGGGCCAGGAAGAGAAGUCGACAGACUCCUGUGAGAACAUCUGCCAGAGGCAAAACGGUGAAGGAACAACAUUAUGGACAAGAUGAAGAAAACAAAACCCUCACCCCUGCUUCACUCGAUUCCUCCUCGUCAGGUGACGUUCAGCCCGACAGCCAGAGGAUUGAGGACAACAACGCUGAAGCUGUUUCUACUGAACAUCAGCCCCUGCCUCAAGGUCCUGAUGGACAUGAAGUAGAAGAACUUAAAGAAGUGGAGAAGCAAGAGCACGGUGUUCAAGUUGUGGAUAAACGGAAGCAGGAGCUUACUGGACCUGAAGCAAAGCGAUCUCGUUCUCAGUCUCCAAGUGUCCCUGGGGACAUCCAGCUGCCGCCCUUUAAUCCCAAAAACCCUCUUGGUAAGGAGUUUGUGGUUCCCAGGUCUGGAUUUUUCUGUAAUUUGUGCUCUGUUUUUUACUUCAACGAGAGCACCGCCAUGGACGUCCACUGCAGCAGCCAGAAACACUACGACAACCUGCUGAAACAUUACCAGAGGCGUCAACGGAAAACUUGAAGAACAUCAACACAAAGUGUCCAAGGCUCUCUCUGACUGAUCAACUUGAACAGCAGAUCAUUUUCCUUUAACAUACGAAACCACCAACGCUUUCACUUGACCCAUGUGAUGUAUAUGAGCCAUGAUAGUAUCUCUGAGCUGAAAAAUGUGGUUUCUUUCCUUUUAUCAUUUUUUUUUUCCUAAAUCUUUUAGUGUUUCUUCAGAUUUUCUUCCUUCUUGGGCUUUAGUUAUAUACUUCAUAUAAAGAGUUGCAAAUAUGUAGGUCUUUGGGGGCUAUGCAGAAAUCCUACAGGAAUGCUCAUUUUGUUCUUAACUGAAUUGGGAAGCAAAACAGCAAAUCAGUACCGACAACUCAAACAGUAGAUGAGACUGUUGUGGACUGUUCAGAUAUUGGCUUUAUUCUACAAAUCCAAAUGUUACAUUUUCCACAUUAAUUUGUUGCUCAUUGUAUCAGUGGUACAUCGCUUUCAUGUAAAAAAUAAAAAAAUUCUCUCAAUUUUGUUAUUUAAUCUAAAUUGCAAAAGGUACCUGAUUAAUAAAAACUGCUGUUGCUCGGUCAGUUUUUUUUAGAGAGGAGGGUCUGUUUGAGUCCUUUUUUUGGUUCAUGCUGUAAGAUUUUUCUUUAAACAAGGGUCCAGUGUAUUUUAUUUCUUUGCAUGUAUUUAAAAUAUACGGUUAAAAUGUAUUGUCAUGUGUAAACAAAUUCAUAAGGCGUGAAUAUCUGAUUUGAAAUUUUCUUUGGCUCUUGAUUUAUCAGUGUUUGAAUAAAUAAAGAUUGUUUGAGACGUG